GCAGUAUGCGUGUACGUCGAUUAUAAUCGUGAACGUUUCACGUGAUCGUCUUACAAAUUCAUAUAUAUAUAUACGACGAGUCUAAUAUAAAAUACAAAAUACAAACAGAAAGAAAGAGACAAUACAUCGAACCAUUAUUAUGUGUUACAUUAAACCAAUUUUAUGUGUAUAAAAAUCUUGAAAAAAGCAAAAGAAGAGUGCUCAAGGUUUUGGAACAUCGAUAAAAUAGUUUAUAAGAGGUGGUAGCCUCAGCCGGUAAACGAGAAAUCUCGAGACGAAAAUCAUCCUCGGUUCCCCCUACAGGGAAGACUUAACCAGAGUGCGCAGGAGCUCCUUCCGGAGAGGGGGCGGCCCACGAUCGACGGGAGGCUUUGUGAGCCACUGCUGAAUUGCGCACACGCGCGGAAUUUCCCGGGAAUCGGGUUUUUCCGGGUCUCUAACACGGUUCUCCCUCGUUCGGCUCACUCGAGCGUCCGACGCGCGACACGGCAACAGGUGACGACCGGAGGCAGAUUACCAGAAUCUACCAAACCAGCGACAGCAUCUACGGGCUAAGUGUCAUCACGUUUUCUCAAGUGUCCACACGCGUCGCGUUCGAAUCAAAUACGCGCGUAAAAGAAAAAACAAUUCCCUUCAGAAAUUUCUCGAUCUUUCGAUUCGUUGACACGAAAUUUUUAACUGGAUAAUUUUGACCUGAUAUCGUUGCUGUUGGACUUCAAAGAAUCUUCGAAAGGAAGAUUGGGGAUCGUGAAAAAGGAAACGGAAGAACCAGCGAGGGAAAAUGAGCGUCGAAGACGCCAUCAAUUAUAAGCCCAGCGAGGAGGAGGAUUACUAUGCUCUGCUCUCGUGCGACGAGUCCUCGACGGUGGAACAAAUCACGGCAGAGUAUAAGGUGCUGGCUCUUCAAUAUCAUCCGGACAAGAACGAAGGUGAUAAGGAAGCUGAACGGAAAUUUCAGCAAUUGCAGCACGCGAAAGAGGUUCUCUGUGACCCUGAGCAAAGGAGCAACUAUGACAAAUGGAGGCGUAGCGGGAUCGCCAUCAGCUACAAGCAAUGGCUUGGAAUGAAGGAUCACGUGCAUCAGUCGAUGCACUGGAGCAUACCGAAGACGAAGGAUCGCAUGCUGCAGGACGCGGCCGCCGAAUCUGCUGGUUCUCCUGGUCACACUAGCAAGGUGCAACCGGCGAACGCUCAUAGAAGAGCUUCGGAGGGUGGCGCGAACAUCUACUACGGUGCACGUCGUGACCUUGGCUGGGACUCGGAGGCGUCUAACGAGGUGGUAAACAAGUUCCGCAACUACGAGAUCUAAAGGUGCGACGUCGUUCUCCAAUUUCUGGUCGUCGUCUGGACCAACGAUCGCUCGCUCUGUGUGUCUACCUUUUUUCUUUUUUUCUGCGAAGUAUAUCGAACGGAACAAACGGAUGAGGCAUCAUAAGCAAACGUAAUGAAUUACGGAUACACCGUCUCGUUGUGAAUUUACCGCUCGUUGUUGUCCAACCGAGAGAACCUGAAGGAAGGAUGUUGUUGAGUUUGAAUUGAGAUUUUGAGCGAAGAUCAUGUUUCUGUUAUCGUUAACUUUGCAAAACGUUUGGUCCUUUUUUUUCUUUUUGUCAUUGUUAUUAUUCGACUAGUAUCGUUAUUAAGAAAGAAGAAUACUAAUUUUACCAUUGGGUGAGUUUUGUUGAUUUUGAAGUGGAUAAAGACUGUAUUUAUUGCAAGUGUUCGGAGGAAGAUAUUUGAAGAUUCUAGUUCGUCUUUUAAUAUGUUAAAUAUGUACGAUGCAGAUUAUCCAUGGUCGAGAGCAGUUUCUGUUCAAGUCGGUAACGCUUUCUGCGAAUAUAAAAUAAAUAACGGCACGAGCUAUCGACAGCAGACGCAGAUUGAAUGGAAUAUUAUGCGAGAGUGGCAGGGAACGUGCCAAGAUGGAGAACAUACUCGAUAUGAAAACUGUGCGAUCAUCCAAGUGGAUACUUUGUAAUUUGAUCGAUCAUACAGUAUAUGAAUUUGCAAAGGCCGAAGUAAAUACGCUGCAAAUCUUCUUCUCUUGAAAUUCUUAUGACUAUCGAAAUUUAAAAAAUUUCGAUAAUUAAUUUCUAUUGCCUACGUUUGAAAGAUUUCACAAUAUUUAAUUGGAAUUCUUAAUAUUCACAACGAUGAAAUGCGAGUAAUCGAGCAGGAAUAAAUUGAACAGCAAAAGUCGGCAACAAGUAUACGAUAUAACAUAUCGAUUCUGCUUUAGAGAUCUUUUUACGGAAGAAGAAAGAGGGAAACCAGAGGGAAACUCGUUUAAAGUUCCAGACGAGAAAAGAGGAUGCUCUCGAGGUUUCUCGAAAGAAGUGUCACAUUUUUCUUAUUUCCAUUUCUUCCUUAAAGUUUUGUUUAAGUGUGACGAAACAGAGCGACAAGGAAGAGAAGAAUAUUGAAGAAAGCAAAAAGAAGAAAUGAGGGCGAGAAAAAUCGAAGGAUUGGCUAGACGGUGCUUGAAUGUCGUAUCAAGAGAGAAGCUAAAAUCCACGAUUCCACGAAGGGAUUCAAACGUAAGAAAAUAACUCGUUGUUUCUACUAUAACGUUACUCGCGAUAGAAUUUCCUUAAGUGGUCCAGUUCGAGCUGAAUGUAUUUCAGUUUUUAAAUAAUCCUAAGGAAUAAUGUAGAAAUUUUGUUGCAUUAUAACAUUCAUAUGUUUUUGAAUUUUUUUACUUAUUGAAUUGGGAAUAAUAAGAGAAUAAUGUUGCUUUAUUUUGGUGAAAUUAAUUGAUGAUAGAUUGUCCUGAUUUUUAUUAACAAUUCUUAACAUUCACCUAUCUCAUUUAUUUAAAAUUAAUUAGAAUUAAAAUACACAGUUGGUUUUUAAACCAGAAUCUCAUAUAUUCUGUGAAAAAAUAUCAUCCUGAUAAAAAGUAUAUACUUCGUUUUAAAGUAUUUAUUCAUAAAUUUUAAGAAAAAUCAGUGACGAGAAAUACAAAAAUUCGAAGAAAUUAGUCGAGAAACGUUCCUAAUCUCAAGUUGCGAAGAUAAUUCAAUUCAAUUGACAUUCCUUCGUAUCACUCUUUGUAAAGUAUGUACGAUUUCCAAGGCAGUGAUUUGUACCACUUAAGUAGUACUUCCAUCGUCGAGUAGCUAGAAGAAAAAAAGUAACUCGUUGUUUCUACAUUGAGUAUUCUUCAAUGGAACGCUUGAACAGUUUAGACGUCGAAUCACAAAAGCUUCGUACGCGUGAAUAUCGAAAUAUAUUCUGGAUCUUUUCCAAGCGAAACAUUGUUAGCUUUUGUGCCGUUGAAGAUAAGAUCGUCGAAUAAACUGAUUAAGCAUAGUUAUUCCAUUGUUGAGCAAAUCGAUGACGGCGCACCUUGUACCUGUGUCAAACGCAAAGUAUAUAUCGUUUUUUCUCGAUCACAAUUGGAUGUUCGAAACCUUCACGAUCCCAUAGAUCUCACGUCGUACUUUUCUGUAGUUAAAUCAAUCCUUUCGCUGAAAGAAAAUAUAUCGAAUAGACACUAAUUUAUUAUUAUGUGAGCCUUUAAUACAUAAAUGUUCGUUAAUAGAAUUGCGAACGAGUCUUAUUCAUCUCGAUCAUAUUCAUUUUUGUCGGUCUCCCACCCUUCUUCUUUUACGUAAAAUAUUUUCCAAUUAAAUCUUAAAAUAUCACCAGGACCAUACCGAAAAGAAUUCAUCGUCAAAUAUUGUCCUUUGCUUUCGAUUAAUCCACUUCGACGCAGACUGAAAACGGGAACAACGUACCAAAGCACGGAGGAUCAACUUUGCGACGAACAAUCUAAAUUUUCGAGAGGAAACUCGAUGGAAUUAAAACGCUAGAGCUUCGAUUUAUCAAUUUUCCCUCAGGCAAUUUCUAAAAAUGUCAGUAGUUUUAAAAAGUUACGCUUUAUAUCCACGUUAUUUUACGUUCAUUCAUCAGCGAAAGGAUUUAAUAGCACUUUUGAUUUAUUAUCAACAGACUGCGGAUGUUUAUGCAUUUAUGAGAAAUUUAAACGCGAAAAAAUGUAUAGAACGUACAUAAUACGGAGAAAUAUAGUUCUUGACAAGAGAUUUUACACUUCACGCUUCGUAAUUUUCAUGAAGUUUCUUUUAUUUUGUUACAGCAGUUAUAUUCAAGACCAUACAAUUACGAUAUUAGUUAACGAAAACAAUACACUUUUUACUCGUAUACUCAACAUCCCUGAAUCGCAUUUUUUAUUGAAAAUUAUUUAUUAUUUUGAAGAAACUUUUAGCAAUUCACAUCGGCUGACAAAAUAUCCAAAAUUUAUUAUAAUAUUUAGGUGAUACAAGUCACUACCUAAGAUCCAUUUUUUCGCUUAUAUUCUCAAAAAUUUGUAUAAAAAUCCACAGUCUAGUUAUCAUUCUCUCAUCGUCGAUAGAAUCCCAUCUCACUACAGCGAGUUACAUUAUUCGUUCGUACACUCUGUCUCAAGAGCAACCGGUCUCGUGAUUUCUCGAUUCAUAGAUUAAGUUUGGUUUUUCGUUUCAAUCACCACGAAUACGAAUAUAUCGAUAGCUAGUCGACGAGGAAUUUUUCUAAUGCACUUGAACGUCGUCGUUGCGUUCCGCGUAAUUAAGGCACGUAGACGUAGAAGCUAAUGAUUGGUGGCCGAAAAUAGCAGCAGUCGACUCAUACGUAUCGAUGUGACCUUUCGAUAUUAGUAUGUAAGGCUCCGAGGUACGGCUUAAAACGAUCCUGUCUCCUCGAAUUUAUUUUCACCCGUGUCCAGAUAUCGUUUCUUUUCUUCUUUUUUAUUUUAUCCUUAGCUCACUCGAACUUUACAUAGAAUCGUUCGAUCGGUCGUUUCGUCUGUGUGGAUUUUCAAAACCGGACCGAGGAUUCGGGAACGUAGAUCGGUCGGAAAGCGGGGGAGGACGGGGGGGGGGAUAAACGAGGAAUCAAAAGUAGAGACAACGUAUAUCGAUGGCAAUGCUGCGAAAUUUUUGCGAUGAAAAACCGGAAACGUAGCGAGUGUACCGUUGUCGAGAGUACUUGAGUCGAAUGACGCCACGCGCUAUCGAUCACGGACGAGGAAAAAAUAAAACGAAGAAAAAGUGGUAAGGUAGGAGUCGCUGAUCUAUUUUAUAAAGCAAGAAAACAAGGAUUGCCCGAAAGAAUGGGAAGGUUAAAAGAAAAAUCGAUAGUGCGUGUACGUGUUGAAGUUUAAAGAUCAGAAUCGGCUUCGUUCUCGAGUUUCUAUGACGUAAAACACGUGUAAUUAUUUGUAAGGUAAAAGUAACGUCGAAUCGUAAAAGGGAACCAACUAUUAAAUAUAACAUGAAAAUAGAGAAAAAGAAAGGAAGUAAAAAAGAAAUAUAUAUAUAUAGUUGUCCAAAGUCGAGAACGAGAGAUCGAUCUUCGAGAUCUCAUCACACUACCCGUGUAUCUGUCUUUAAAGAAUGAGAGGAAAAGAAAAAAAACGGAACGAUAAAGCAAAUUUCGAAAAUAUUCUGUACGUGUGUUGUUUCCACAUCUAUAUUUUUCUAGACGCGUCUCCGCGAUUCCGCCUCGUGGAACACUGUACCUUCUAUCGAUUUAUUAUUUCCACGCGAUCGACUUAUCGAUGGUAUCGUGCAUCCAGCCGAGGGCUGGGAGAAACCUGUCGUUCGAUGAAAAGAAAAAAAAAAAAGAAGAUACCGUGGGCACGGAAUUUUUUUCGUGCUAAACGUUGCUACAGUUUUUACGGAGUAUUCGAUAAAAAAUUGCUUGCUUUUUUAAGGUUCCUUUUCUUUUGUCUUAAAUAGAAAGCUUAAUGGAAUAUUUUGUAAUUCACUCUAGUCUUUAGUCCUUCUUUUUUCCUUUGAGAAUUUCACGAAGGUAUACUUACGAUCUUUUAAAAUUGUAAUACGAUUAAAUUUUAUACGUUUCUAGGAAAAAUAUUAUAAUUAUGUAUGCCUCUCUUUGAAAAUAUGAUUAAUAUAAGAUAUUAAUAAAAUGUAAUUAAAGAUGAAGGUAUAAAGCGAUGGUUUCUUCUCUCCUCGUAAACGCGCGAAUCUCUGUUAUGUACGUAUAAAUAUACAAAUAAAUAUACAUACACACAUAUAUAUAUAACGUAUAAGAUAUAUAAAUAUAUUAUAAUCGUCACGCGCUGGACGACGCGACGAUAUGUAUCUAUGCGAUUAAAGGUUCAAUAAAUGUGUUUAAUUAAGAA